AUGGCCCCAGCCCCAGAAUCCUGCAGGGCUCCCAUGGAAGAGCUGGGCUUUACUCCAGGGGAUCCAGCCCUGUCUGUGGGGAGCCUUGGAGGUACAUGGGCUGAGAGGCCCCUAUCCCCAGACCCUGAAGCCGGCUCCUCCCUGAGGUCCCCUGCUCUAGACGAGGGUGACCUCAUUGGGCUCCCGGGUCUGGCCAGCCUCUCCUGGGAUGGUCACUGCCCCCAGCCCCAGCUCCAGCCUCAGCCUGAGACAGGAGUCACUUCCCCAAGUCUGCAGCCACAGCUACUGCUGCUACCACCCACAGCACAGCCCCCUCACCAAUUCAAGGAGAGACUGUUCCCCUGCGGCGUGUGCGGGAAGAGUUUCCGGCGCUCCUCCACUCUGUCCACACACCUGCUCAUCCAUUCGGGCACGCGGCCCCAUCCCUGCCCCUUCUGCGCCAAGCGCUUCCACCAGAAAUCCGACAUGAAGAAGCACACGUUCACCCACACCGGAGAGAAGCCCCAUCACUGCGGAGUGUGUGGAAAAUCCUUCAGCCAGAGCUCCAACCUGCUCACUCACCGUCGGCAGCAUGGGAGGGCAUGCUGGUCCUUUGGAUGGGACGGGACAAGGGCACCUCAGUGGAAGGUCUCCACCUCCACUACAGUCCAGUCUCCCUGUGGUGAGGCAACAUCAUCUGGGGAGAAGCUAGUGACAGAUGUGAUGCUAGCCCGGGACUCAUCCAGAGGGGACAGCAGUUCUGCCCAGCGGCCCAGCUCAGCAUCACUCAGAGCUGGGCGGCCACUCCCAGGUCCCUGCCUGGCUCCCCCUGGUCCCUCUGCAGCCAGCAGCAGCGUCCGGCUCAGCAACUGCUGUACUACACUGGCCUGCAACGCUCCCAGCUGCAGCUCACCCACUCGAGAUGGCUUGGGACCACGUGGGGCUGGAGGCAUCUUCUCCACUGUCUGAUCAUCCUCUUCCUCCUGAUCCUGUACCUCCCUGCUUGGAGGCCCAAA